UGUGCCAUUUAAUUUGCAUCAUGAAUUUUGUUUUCUCUGUUGAUUAUUGGAGUUUUUAGUGAAUGUUAGGUUCUUAUUUGGGUACCCCAAAUAUUGCAUUGAUUUCAGUUAUUUAAGCAUGGAAAGUAGUUACAAAUUUCUAGAAAUUAUAUCCCAGAAUUUUGUUUCUGAAAAUUUGAGUUCGUGUAAUAUAUUGCUUUGAGUUGCACUAUAUGGGCAAGUGCUUAUUUCGCAAAAGCUAUUUGUUUCAGUGUUGUGUUAUUCUAUUUGUUUCCUCACUCCUUGAGUAAGACUAAGAAGAGACUCAGUAAGAGCGUUAUAAUCGAUUUUGCUGCCUGAACACGUUCAAUUGGAAAAAAUUUACCCUGGUUCCAAGUCUUUAUGAAACUCUAGUAUGAAAAUAAACUAAGGUUUAUGAACUCAACAUCUUGAGUGAAGAGGUCCCUUAAGUGAGUAAUAGGCCCUGGCUGUAAUCAUUUAAAAAUGGCAGAUGAAGUUUCUAGCUUUUGGGGCCCUGUAACAUCCACUGAUUGGUGUGAGAGAAACUAUACACAUUCUUCUUAUGUCGCAGAGUUUUUCAACACCAUAUCAAACAUCCCAUGCGUUGUUUUGGCACUCUUUGGUCUUAUAAAUGCUCUUAGACAGCGUUUUGAGAAGAGGUUUAGUGUUCUUCACCUAUCUAAUAUGACACUUGCCAUUGGGAGCAUGGUGUACCAUGCCACUUUGCAGCGUGUACAGCAGCAAGGGGAUGAAACUCCAAUGGUAUGGGAAAUGCUGUUAUAUAUCUACAUCCUCUACUCGCCAGAUUGGCAUUACCGGAGCACAAUGCCCACCUUCCUGUUUCUGUACGGUGCUGCAUUUGCUGUUUUCCAUUCACUGGUCCGCUUUGGAAUUGGCUUCAAGGUGCAUUACAUGAUCCUGUGUCUUCUCUGCAUCCCUCGGAUGUACAAGUACUACAUACACACAACUGAUGCACACGCAAAGUGGCUCGCAAAGCUGUAUUUGGGCACCAUAUCCAUAGGGAGUUUUUGUUGGCUCUUCGAUCGUUUUUUCUGCAAGAACAUCUCUUAUUGGUACCUUAACCCACAGGGUCAUGCUCUGUGGCAUGUCUUGAUGGGUUUUAAUUCUUAUUUUGCCAACACUUUCUUGAUGUUCUGUCGUGCCCAGCAACUGGGUUGGAAUCCAAAAGUAGUCCAGUGCUUGGGUUUUCUUCCUUUUGUCAAGGUACAGAAACCAAAGACCCAGUAAGUGAAUCUUGUCCAAAAACAAAAGAAAAGACUCAGUUAGUGAGUUUGCAGUGCAGGAAAAGAAGCUUUCUUUAUUUUUCUUUCUACUACUCUUCACUCCCACUCCAUAUUUUGAAGUAGGUGGAUUGUUUUUUCAAGGCCAGCAUUAUAAUUCUUUGCUUCGUUUUACUUGAUGGAUGUUAAUGAUAGUUUGGAAAUGGAUAUGAUAAUCUUAACAUCUUAUAUCACAGAACUAGUGUUUUUUAUCAAACAAAUGAGAGGAAAGGGGUUAUCUAGAUUUGGAGAAAGGAUCUUUUUGAUAGUAGACUGUGAUCCUCAUCCACCAAAUGUUAGUUUUCUUUAGCUGAUCACUUUGACUAAAGAUCCAUCAAAAGCUAUAUGGUGGCAGUUAUUUCCAUUUGGAUUAUUGUUGAAUUUUUGUCAGUACAAGUUCCUUUGAAAGUAA